UUCAAGAUGAACAAGCGCCGUAGAACAUCUUCAGUUGCAAGUCGAGGCACAGAAGAUGAUGGUGAUGAUAUACCACCUGAACCAACAAAGAGACGGAAAAAAUUAGAUCCUAGUGACCUGUGCCAACAGUUAUACGAUGUGCUACGUAAUCAAAAAAAAGAAGAUGGAACAUUAUUAUGUGAUGCAUUUAUACGUGUGCCUAAACGUAGACAAGAACCAGGUUAUUAUGAAGUUGUAACAAAUCCUAUAGACCUAUUAAAGGUUCAACAGAAACUAAAAACAGAUGAAUAUAGGGACAUGGAUGAUUUAGCAGCUGAUAUUCAACUUAUGGUUAAAGAUGCAGAAGAUACAUCUGAGAGUUCUACAAAUCCUGAUGAAGAGACAAUGCAACAGUUUGAAGAUUUAUUUGCAGCAGUCAUGACAGCAACAGAUCCAGCUGACAAUAAUAGACCACUACAUACAAUGUUUCAACUUAAACCAUCCAAAAAAUUAUAUCCAGAAUAUUAUGACGUAAUUGAGACACCAGUAGAUUUGAAAACAGUUGCAAGAAAAAUUCAAGAAGGAGCCUAUAGUAGCAUUUCGGAUAUGGAAAAAGAUUUAAUGUUAAUGUGUCGUAAUGCUUGUCAGUUUAAUGAGCCUGGUUCUCAAAUUUAUAAAGAUGCUAAACUUCUAAAAAAGAUUAUUACUGCAGCAGCAAGAAAACAAGAUAUUGGAUUAAGUAGCACUGUUCCAAAAAUUGCAAUAACUGCGCCAUCAACUCGAAGUAAAAGAGGAAGUCGUACUAUGGCACAGUCCUUAAUAGCUCAAACUGCAGCAUUGCCUGAUGAAGAUGAAGAAAGCGACGAUGAAGAUGAAGAACCUGCAGAAACUGAAGAAGCUGACAAUCCACAGUGGCAACUAUUUCAAACUAUCAGAACAGCCCCUAACAACCAAGGUGUUAGGAUGAGUGAAUAUUUUUGGAAAUUGCCAUCAAAAAGGUUAUACCCUGACUACUAUAAAAUGAUUAAAAAUCCUAUUUCUUUGUUGCAAAUUCGUACUAAGAUAAAGAAAGGUGAAUAUGGUACUGUUAGUGAAGUGGCUGGUGACAUGAAUAUUAUGUUUGAAAAUGCAAAAAAGUAUAAUAUUCAUACAUCUAGACUAUAUAAGUGUGCUGUAAAACUACAAAAAAUUAUGCAAGAAAAAGUACAAGAACUGUUAGAAUUUGAUCAGGAUUCCGAUUCGGAUAGUGAAUUUGAAAAUAGUUCUCAUCAACCCAAGCUUAUUAAACGUGCUUCAAAUUUAUUAACACGUGGAAAAUAUAAAGACAAUAUACCAUUGAAAAAACGAUUGUAUGCACUAGUUAAAUGUGUUAUAGAAUACGUUUGUGAAGACGGUCGGCAACCAAUGUUAAUGUUUAUGGAAAAGCCUUCUAAAAAAUUAUAUCCAGAUUAUUAUCAAGUAAUAGCAGAACCAAUCGAUAUGUUAGCCAUUGAAGCUAAUAUUAAAGCAGAAAAAUAUCAAAGUGAAAAUGAAUUAAUACAAGAUUUUAAGUUAAUGUUUAAUAAUUGCCGUCAAUACAAUGAAGAAGGUUCUUUAAUAUACGAAGAUGCAAAUACUUUAGAAAAAGUUUUAAUGGAUAAAGUAAAAGAAUUAGGUCCUUUGCCAGAUACAUCUAAACCUACAAAAUCAAGUGCAUCUACUCCUACUAGAAACGUUGGUCAAAUCAUAUUUUAGGAUGCUUUAAUUUUACAACGACUAGUUCUUCAAACAAAAUUACAAUUAAGUGAAGAUGAGGAAAGUGUACCAGAUGUAUCAGCUGCAGUUCAAGAAAUAUUGGCAACAAUUUUUACUGCUCUUUAUAACCAUCAAGAUGAGGAAGGAAGGUGUUAUUCAGACUCUAUGGCAGAACUUCCAGAACAUGAUAUUAUUGAUGGAAAGAAGGUACGAGGAUUGUCAUUAGACUUAAUUAAAAGGAGAUUGGAUCGUGGAGUAUACAAAAGAUUAGAUCGGUUCCAAGAAGAUGUAUUUACAUGUUUAGAAAGAGCUAGAAGACUGUCACGUACAGAUUCACAACCUUUUGAAGAUAGUGUAGAACUUCAAGCAUUUUUUUUACGUACUCGUGAUGAAGUAACUCGUGGGGGAGAUUUGCUACAUUCACCAGCACUUAAUUAUACACUUCUUGAUCUUUCUGCUCAAGUUGCAGAAUUAAAACGGGUCAAGCAACAGCAGGAACUGUCAUUACCUAAUGAAGAUGAAAGUUGUGAUGGAAAUGAGACAAAAGAUUCUGAAACAAACACUAAUACAGAAGGAAGUAACAGUGAUAAUGGUGGUUCAAUGAGUUUCAAUCAAGAAAUAUAUAGAGCUGGUGACUUUGCAUAUAUAGAACCUACAGAGCGAGGCAUGGAAUAUAGUGUGGUUCUUAUAGAACGUCUAUGGACAAAUGCAGAAAGUCAACAAAUGUUAUAUGGCAAUUUAUUUUACAGACCAAGUGAAACUUAUCAUGUAGCAUCUAGAAAAUUUCUUGACAAAGAAUUAUUUAAAAGUGAUGCUCAUGUAGCUGUUCCCUUGGCCAAAGUAGCAGGAAGGUGCUGUGUAUUAAGUGUCAAGGAUUACUUUAGAAUGCAACCAGAAGGUUUCUUAGAAAAGGAUGUUUAUGUAUGUGAAUCACGGUACUCUACGAAAGCAAGGGCUUUUAAAAAAAUUAAAGUCUGGAAUUUUGAUCCAGAUCAUUUAAAAUUAAUUUCAAGAGAUAAACCAAUAGAACCAAAACGAGUAAUAUCAGUAUAUAAGGAAAGACUGGAAAAGCACAAAGAAGAAAUUGCAGAACUAGAAGAAGGAGAAAAAUUGACAGAGAAAGAAAGACCUAAUGUGAUACUAUAUAAUCCAGAGGAUACAGAAAAUACCUACUAUGAACAAUAUAAUACCUGUGCGGGUUCUGUAAAAAGUGGAGACUUUGUUUAUGUAGCAACAGAUGGAGGUAGACAACAAAUUGCACAAAUUGACGCUAUAUGGUCUACAAAAGAUGGAAAAUGUUACUUUAAGGGCCCAUGGUUAUUAAUGCCUGUAGAAGUGCCACAUGCUCCUACUAAGUUAUUUUAUAAACAAGAACUGUUCUUAUCUACAGUUGAUGGUACACAUCCUAUUGUGGCUAUUGUUGGGAAGUGUGCUGUCCUUGACUAUGGAGAAUACAUUUGUAGUAAGUACAGAAAAUAUUCAGAAGAUGAUGUAUAUAUUUGUGAAUCGUUAUACGAUGAAAGUAAAAGCCUCAUGAAAAAGCUUGGACAAGAAGGUUUAAAAAAAUUCAACCAUAGUUCAGCAGUAACUGAAGAUGAAAUUUAUUUCUUCCGAAGACCUAUUAAUCCUGCUAAGGUUCCGGGCGAUGUGGCUCAGACGCAAAAUCAAGUCAAGUCUGUUACUCCUAGUUCUACUCAAUUUGAAAUGGAAGCAUCACCAUUGUUACCGAAGCUGGAACCUGAUGUACUAGGCAUGGGAGUAGGAUUAGGAGUGGGAGUAGGAGUAGGAGUUGGGGAGGACAGCAUGGACGCUGGUGGUCCACCGUCCGUCGGAUCUGCUGAAGCUCAACCGGUGCUCUCCAAUACUCAAACACCUGUGUCGACUAAAAAGAAAACGGCGGGUAAGAAAUUAGUUACGGGCUAUAUUUUAUAUUCGAGUAAAAUGCGAACGCAGAUUACACAAAACAAUCCUGAAUCAUCCUUUGGGGAGAUUAGCAGAAUUGUUGGCAACGAGUGGAGGAAAUUGCCAGCAGGAGAAAAACAAGCUUGGGAAGAAAGAGCAAUUAAAAUGAAUGAGGAUGGAGGGCAACUUAAAGGAAAUAAUGUUUCAGUAGGCACUAAUGCUUUACAAGAUGUAGUUUAUGAAUGUUGUUGGGAUAAUUGUGACUGGCAAUUUGAAGACAUGACUGAUUGUAUCGAUCAUUGUAUUGCAGAACAAAAUGGGCAUGUUCAAUCGUCUUUCGUUAAUGCAGCUAGCGAUGUAGAAUUUCAAUGUCAAUGGCGUGGCUGUGGUCGUACAAAGAAAUCUGUACCUCCAUUUCCAAGUGUACAAAGACUUGCAAGGCAUGUCAAAGAAGUACACAUCCUUAAGUCAAAUGGACGGAUAAUACCUCCUUUGGAAAGAAGCAAAAACUAUAUGGCAUCGAAAGGUCCAACUGUAUUGCCACCAAUGGAAACAGAAACAUCGGCAGCUGCAACGCAAACAAGUAAUAUGCCCGCCGCUAAACAACCAGAACCUAUGUUUGUUGCUGUUCCUCCAAGACCAAGUCGUGUAUUACAUUCAGAUGCCUAUUUACGGUAUAUUGAAGCGUUGAAUGUAGAAAAUCGGUACAUAUCAAAUUGGGAUAAACAAAUGAAUGCUAAUCCUGAUAAUACACAAAUUCCUGAUGUAACAAAAUUGCCUGCAGAAUGGUUAGGCUGGUGUAGGCAACCAUGGAAAUGUGGUAAAUGCCUUAUGGACGCUCAGGAACAUGAUGAUGCGAGAUGUGUUAGCCAUCAAUAA